UCGUUCGCUCGCUCGCUCGCUCGUUCGUUCGCUCGUUCGUUCGCUCGCUCGUUCGUUCGCUCGUUCGUUCGUUCGUUCGUUCGUUCGUUCGUUCGCGUUUCACCCCUCUCACCGACACAGAGUGAGGCACAGUAACCCCGUCGUGUGCCAGUCCGCACCGAGAUUCCGGCGCGAAUCGUCCUUUCUACGUCGCGGCGUCACGCCAAGUUCUAGAUGGAUGUCGCUGAUCCGCACUAUUGUCUCAGCGUUUUACCUCGUCGCGCAGCUAUUGCUGCUACUGAUCUCUCCUGCGAUCGUCGAAGGACGACAGGAGAAAAGGUUGGAUAUACUCGGACCCUCGACCUUGGAACAUCAUCGAAUUGCUCGGGAUGUAUCGUUGGUGGAUAACUACAAUGACGAUCCAAGAUUUCCAAGGUUCGCGGAGGAAAUACAAAAUGUGACCGUCAGCGUGGGACGCGAUGCACUCUUGGCAUGCAUCGUGGAUAAUCUUCAAACUUAUAAAGUGGCUUGGGUACGGGUCGAUACUCAAACGAUAUUGUCGAUCCACCAAAAUGUGAUUACCCAGAACCCACGGAUCUCUCUAUCGUACAACGACCAUCGCUCGUGGUAUCUUCAUAUAAAGAAAACGCAGGAGAGCGAUCGUGGAUGGUACAUGUGUCAAGUGAACACAGACCCUAUGAGAUAUAGGCAGGGUUAUGUACAAGUUGUCGUACCACCAUCGAUCAUCGACAAGGAUACUAGCACGGAUAUGGUUGUAAGGGAAGCAACAAAUGUGACGUUGACCUGUAAAGCGAAAGGUUAUCCUGCCCCUUACGUCAUGUGGCGACGGGCCGAUGGCAAGAGCAUAAACUACGAUGGCAAGAUCGUAAACGUCAUCGAUGGCGAAGUUUUACACAUCGUCAAGAUCAGCCGUCUUCAUAUGGGGAAAUAUCUUUGUAUUGCAUCGAACGGAGUACCACCGUCGGUCAGCAAAAGCGUUACGCUCAACGUGCACUUUCCACCGAUGCUAUCUAUUCCAAAUCAAUUGGAAGCUGCCUAUAUCGGACAAGACGUUACUCUCGAAUGCCACAUCGAAGCUUUCCCAACUGCCAUUAAUUAUUGGACUACGGAGAACGGCGAUAUGAUUGUCUCCGGUGACAAGUACGUGACGGUGUUCUCCGAUAACGACUACACGAAGUACAUGUUACUGAAGAUACGAAAUGUUAGCCCAAAGGACUUUGGUUCGUAUAAAUGUGUGGCACAGAAUUCAUUGGGAGCAACCGAUGGUGUUAUCAAGUUGGAUGAAAUCCCAGCUCCAUCGACCACCUCAACAACGCAAUCUCCCUAUUACGUAACAUCGUUAAUGAAGAAAAACGGUAAAAACGGUAACAAGAAAUUACGUCAACGUCCCAACGAUUACGAAGUCGAGGAAUGGAGAGAUCCAGAUUACGACAACGAGUACGAGCCACCAUCGAUGAUGCCACCAGGAGAUUUGCCUGCGGAUGCGUUAAAUCUGGGCGCUGCUCGUGAGCCCCGCUUACUACUCCAUCUUCUUCUGCCGAGCCUUCUACCAUUGCUCUUAAAUACCAUCAGAAGAUGAUUCUCGCAUCACGGGAACGGGGCUUCCAGUUGUAGUGUUUAUUGGACGGUGCGUCCGGUGUGCCGUUUCCGGCCGCGCGACGGAUCUCGAACGCGACGAUGUCGGCCACGCUUGAAAUUAUUUUCAUACUAAAGCUAGACUUAAACAGAAAGAAAGAGAGAGAGAGAGAGAGAGAGAGAGAGAGAGAAACAGAGAGUGAGUGAAUGAACGAGAAGAAGAAAAAAAGAGAGAGAAUGAACACGUGAGAAAGAUUAAAAAAAAAGAUAUUAUAUAUAUAUAAUAUAUAAAUAUAUAAAUAUAUUAAUAUAUAUAUAUUGAUAUAUUGUGUGAGUGUCGCAGUAAAGACAGGGGCAUAGAGAGCCCUUUUCUGUGUUAGAGAGCGAAAGGGAAGACUGGAAAAAAUGUUGCUCGUAAGUAUCGACAAAUAGUAAUAUAGAAAAUUUCUUCUUCCUUUCUUAUCGUCGAUAUACGUUCGUUUUAUCGUCAAGAUAUAUUACAUGGUUUCGUGCGUAACCAUAAAUCUCUAAGUAUAGGGCGUUUAUCGAUUUUCGACUCGGAUUCGACGAUCUUUACGAACGUGAUUGAGGUUUCUUGAACGAUGUUGAAAAUCAUGAACGUAUCAACGUAUGCUGUAUCAUCGAGUUUCGAUUUACGAAAUCCAUUUUUUUAUUUCUUUUUUUAUCCUUUUAUUUUUUUUUUUAAUAAUAUUUUGUUAGUGUUGUAGAAGCGGUUGUAUCGAAGCAAACCGAUAUUCGCCGGCUUCGUUCACGAGUUUCACUUGGCGUAAAAUUUUCUUUUCGCUCUUUUUCAUUCCUCCUUCUCCUCCCAGCACUACUCUUUCGUACAUACAUUCUCGACGAGGUAACUUUUUCCGCGAGGUUUUUCGUGGAAAUACUUUUUCGCGAAGGAUCGUUUAGUGCAUCGCGGCACGUUCCUUAUAGCAACGGUCGUCGGCUUCUCCUCGAGGACGAGAAAAGCGAAUACCGGUCGCCUUUUAUUGUCCGCGAAAGGAAAUUGGAUCGUCCUUAUAACCCGCAGGGGUUUUAGAUCUCUUCUUUUUAAUAAGAGUUUUCCCUUUUUCGGUAAGUUGAUCGUCGUACCCGAAACGAAAAGCGAUAUAUCGGGAGAGAGAGUGAGAGAGAGGGAGAGAGAGAGAGAGAGAGAGAGAGAGAGAGAGAGAAAGAAAUAGUGAGAAAUAGUCGAAGUAAUAUCGAGCCUACAUAAAAUUAUCGUUUUCAUUUCUUAUUCCUACGUUAGUUUCUCAACGUUAUCGUUUUAAAGGAAAAACUCGAUACAUUGAAUAAACCUUGCGUCGAUACUUUUUUGAUUUCGUCGGAAAGGAAAACGCGUGGAGAGAAAAUUGUAUAUCUAGUAAAUAUACAUAUACGUACGACAAAAAAAAAUAAGAAAUAAAAAAACGGAUUAACAAGAAAUAUAGGCAUAUACGUAUAGAUAUAUAUGUACAUACAUACGCGCGAAUCAUAUAGUUAGAUGGAGAUAGAAUGAGAGUGAGAGAAAGCAAAAGAAGAGGAAGAAGAAGAGGAGAAAGAAAGCGAGAGAAAGAGAAAAGGAACGUAAACGAGUUUCGUGAUAAAAAUAGUUUUGCCAUUGCUUAGCCUCGAUUUUGGUAUGACGUCUAAAAAAUAAGAGGAAGAGCAGGCAACGAAUACGCUCGAAGUAUGAUAAAAAAAAAGAGACGACUGUGUUUAGAUAAAAGCUGUAGGCGGCUUAGUUCGACGUCCGAGAGGAAAGAGAAAAAUGACGAGAGAGACGAGAGGCGGUGUAUAUUAUAUCGUGUAGCCUCGAAUCAUCGACAACGACGUCGCAUAGUGGCUUCGUGGCUUCGUUUCGUACAAUUAAGCGCGAUUAUAUCAAAUAGAAAGAUUGAAAAAAAUAAAAAAAUAAAAAUAAUAAAAAUGAAAAAAAAAGUUAAAAAAAAAAGAGAGAGAGAGAGAAAAAAAAAGAAGAAGAAGAAGAAAAAGAAAACAAUUGGCAUUGGCCGCCGUAUCUUGAAAAAGUUCAGCAGCAGUAAUCGAACGUCUUUCGCUAUAUAAGUCUUCUUAGUAAUUUGAAUUUCUAUUUGAAAAGGGAGAUAGAAAUUGUGGACCUCUCGUUUCGUUUCGUUUCGUUUCGUUUCGUUUCGUUUCGUUUCGAGCAUGACUUCGAUAAAAGGAAAUUCGACGGAUUCACGCGAAUUGGUUAAAAUAGAACGUUAGAUUUUCCUUGGGGAACGUGUGUUCGUUUCAUUUGACGUCUCAAGAAUAUCGAAGGUAGAUAUCUCGAGCGUACGUUUCGAGUAGCACUCGAAAAAAUAGUUCGAUCGAAUCGAACUCGUGUAACUCGCGAGCUCUUUGCCUUGUAUAAAUAUCGGCAAGUAGUUCGUCAUAAAUAAAACGGUGAAACGUCUAAGAGGUCUUGCAUAUUUCGAUCCCGUUUCAGAAAUCGUGCCAGGCUUCCAGCUUUUUCAGAAAGCUUCGCAUUGCUUCAGCCUCUCCGACUUCUUCUCUUACGUUGUACCUGACAGUUUGAAUUGUUGGCCGUCGGUUCGAACGCAAAACGCGUGUGAAAUAAGAUAAGGAAGAUAAAUGUGAAAUACAUAUGAUAGAUGUGAAAACAAGAAAUGAAAAAUGUUAUCAAUAUCAUGCGCCUUUGCCGCGAUCGAUUAUGUAAAUAAUGUAGAUAGAUUUGCAAUGCGAUCGAAGGAGAGAUGGUCGUUUAUGCGAAUGAUGAUGACUCGAGGCUGCUACUCGAGUAAUAGCGAAUCGUUUAGGAGAAUGGAAAUUAAAGAUGAGAGGGAUAACGAUAAAGACGAUAAUGCCGAUAAUGAUUGUGCGUUGUUUAGUAGAGAAUUCAGAAUCGAGGUUUUAACUGCCAUCGAUAUAUAUAUCGUAUAUAUCGGAUUAAACCUAACAUUAUAGAUAUGUUAUUAAUGUAUCAUGACCGAUGUUUUCACUAUGACGAGAAACAUUUUUAUGCACACGCGGAUGCUUCGCGGAGGAUCCUGAGAAUGAAGAUGUAGAUGUAGAUAGUGAAACUGUCAGUCUGAAUAUCUUAAUAAAUCGAAUACAUCACUGCCA